AUGGAAAGGCAGAUUUUUACGGUGUGGCUGAUCCUUUCUUCACAGAUAGUAUUAGCAGAUCCUGCUGGACAAAAGAAUGCCAUUGAAAUCUACAGCCUGCAUGUGGACAGCAAAGUUACCUCACGAUUUGCGCACACAGUCAUCACCAGCAAAGUUGCCAACAGAGCGAAUGUAUCCCAGGAGGCACUUUUUGAAGUGGAGCUACCCAAGACAGCCUUCAUCACAAACUUCAGCAUGACCAUUGAUGGAAAAACUUACCCUGGAACAAUAAAGGAAAAGAAAGCUGCCCAAGAUCAGUAUGAUGCUGCUGUUUCACGAGGACAAAGUGCUGGAUUGGUCCGAUCAACUGGAAGGAAACUAGAGCAGUUUCAUGUUUCAGUCAAUGUUGCAGCAGCUGGGAAGGUUACAUUUGAGCUGAUCUAUGAGGAGUUACUAAAACGGAAGCUAAGAAAGUAUGAACUGUUGAUUAAGGUUAAGCCGAAACAGCUUGUGAAACACUUCCAGAUUGACAUCCACAUCUUUGAACCCCAAGGCAUAAGUUUCCUGGAAACUGACAGCACCUUUCUAACCAAUGAACUAAGUGAUGCCCUCACAAAUGUGCUGGGGGAGACCAAGGCUCAUAUCACAUUUAAACCAACAAUAACACAACAAAGAAAAAGUCCUGAGCUGGAAGAAACUCUGCUAGAUGGAGAUUUUCUCAUUCGUUAUGAUGUUAAAAGGAGUGUCACUGCAGGAGAUAUACAGAUUGUCAACGGAUAUUUUGUGCAUUAUUUUGCACCCAGUGAAAUACCUGUGUUUCCCAAAAAUAUUGUUUUCGUCAUAGAUAAUAGUGGAUCUAUGAGUGGCAAGAAAAUUCAGCAGACCAAAGAAGCCAUACAAAAAAUUUUGGAAGACCUGAAUCCUGAAGACCUCUUUAAUUUAAUAAUCUUUAGUAGCAAUAUCGCUGCAUGGAAGCCAACUCUGUUGCCAGCUACAAAAGAGAAUGUGGAGCUGGCUAAACAAUAUGUUAGGACCAUUAGAGCCCAAGGAGCAACAGAUAUCAAUGGUGCUCUCCUGGCCGCAAUACAUGCACUGGAUGAGGCCACCACUGCUGAGUUACUGCCAGAGCAAAGCAUUUCGAUGAUAAUUUUGCUGACAGAUGGUCAACCCACUGUUGGUGUUACAGAUGUCCAUACCAUUCAAGGAAACAUAAAGCUGACUAAUGAUGCGAAGUACUUCCUCUACUGUCUUGGCUUUGGCUUUGAUGUCAGCUACAGAUUCCUGGAGAAGAUGGCAUUAGACAAUGGAGGAAUUGCUCGGCGUAUAUAUGAGGAUGCAGACGCAGCCCUCCAACUCCAGAACUUUUAUCGUGAGGUAGCUACUCCCAUCAUGAAAGAGAUUGAAAUGAACUAUCUUGACAACGGGGUACAGGAAAUCACUCAGAAGAACUUCAAAUUACUCUUUGAUGGCUCCGAGAUUGUAGUAGCUGGGAAGAUUGGCAAUGAACUUGAUUUUUUCCCUGUAGAAAUUAAAGCUCAAACACAAAUGAACAACUUGACUCUUAAAGAGCAAGUAAAUGUAACAGAAAAAGAAGAAAUAUUUCGGAAUCAGAAGUACAUUUUUGGAAACUUCAUCGAGAGAUUAUGGGGCUACUUAACUAUUCAGCAACUGCUAGAAAAAUCUGUUUCAGCUGAGGGGGAGCAGCAGAAAAGCCUGAAAGACCAAGCUUUGGGACUCUCCUUGAAGUUCAGCUUUGUUACCCCCCUCACCUCCAUGGUGGUUACCAAGCCUGAUGCUGAAGAGGUGGCAGAUAAACCCACAGAAGAAGAAGGUCCCAGGUUAGGGCUGCCAGGUCUUACCUCCUCGCCGGCAGGGAGUAGAAUGGAGCUCUCUGGGAGUGGGGGGUGGAGCGACAUUACCACGCAUGAUGUCUCCAAUGUGAUGGCCAGCAAUAAUGAGAAUGUCCAGGCUCACAGAGAUUCUGGGAGUUUCCUGAUUCAAAGAGAUUCUGGGAGUUUCCUGAUUCAAAGAGAUGGACAAUAUCCACAUUUCAUCCUGCAGCUGCUUGGUAAAAACGACGUCCUUUGUUUAAAUGUCACUGCGCAUUCACAGAUACCUGGUCUGCAGUACCUACUAUCGGAUCCAGAUAAAGGGAUCCAAGUGACUGGCCAGCUAGGAGAAAAGAAGCAAUUUAAGCAGUUUGAAGUAGCUUAUCAGAAGGCUGAUGUGAAGCUUAAUGUAUCAAAGGAUCAUAUUGUGCUGAAUGAUAAUGGGAAUGCAACCAUGCUCCCAUGGACAACAGCUAUGUCUUUCACAGUCCAGGGGUUGAAGGUUAUCAUUGAAGAAGAAAAAAGUAUUUCAAUAUCAGGAGCAGAUAAUAUCACAAUAAAAAUAUCCUAUGUGAAGUUUCCUGAACAUUUCCUUGGAUUAUCCUUCAUAGGGAGUGAACAUUUUUCUAACCAAGUAACUGGACUUCUUGGUCAGUUUUACUUUAAUACACAUUUUGAAAGUCCUUCUGGAAAUUGGAGACAAAUUGUUGUCCAAGGACGAAAGUAUGACACCUCCAGGCAACAAAAGAAAGAUUACAGGUUAACCGUUGGUGCAGACCGUGUAGUUGCUGUGAUCAACAUGGUUUUGGGAUCUGGCUAUAACUUGGGAGGGCCCAUGAUAACGUCCUGUCUAAUUCCAUAG